CGGGCGGGGCGCGGAGCGGGGCCGGGGCCGGGGCCGGGCGGGCGGCGGGCGCCAUGCCGGAGCUGGCGGUGGACCGGGUGGUCGUGCACCCGCUGGUGCUGCUCAGCGUCGUCGAUCACUUCAACAGGAUAGGAAAAGUUGGAAACCAGAAGCGAGUCGUCGGUGUGCUGCUGGGCUCGUGGCAGAAAAAAAUCCUGGAUGUGUCCAACAGUUUCGCAGUUCCUUUUGAUGAGGACGACAAGGAUGACACUGUGUGGUUUCUAGACCAUGAUUAUCUGGAGAACAUGUAUGGAAUGUUUAAGAAGGUCAACGCUAGAGAAAGAAUAGUUGGUUGGUACCACACAGGCCCUAAACUACACAAGAAUGACAUUGCCAUCAAUGAACUGAUGAAAAGAUACUGUCCUAACUCUGUGUUGGUGAUUAUUGAUGUGAAACCUAAGGACUUGGGGCUGCCCACAGAAGCUUAUAUUUCAGUUGAAGAAGUUCACGAUGAUGGCACUCCAACCUCCAAGACGUUUGAGCACGUGACUAGUGAGAUCGGAGCGGAGGAGGCAGAGGAAGUUGGUGUCGAACACUUGUUACGAGAUAUCAAGGAUACAACGGUGGGCACCCUGUCCCAGCGGAUCACGAAUCAGGUCCAUGGCUUGAAGGGACUGAACUCCAAGCUUCUGGACAUCAGGAGCUACUUAGAGAAAGUAGCCAUGGGCAAGCUACCCAUCAAUCACCAGAUCAUUUACCAUCUUCAGGAUGUCUUCAACCUGCUACCAGAUGUCAACCUGCAAGAGUUUGUCAAGGCCUUUUAUCUGAAGACCAAUGACCAGAUGGUGGUCGUUUACCUGGCUUCUCUUAUUCGUUCUGUGGUUGCCCUGCACAACCUCAUUAACAACAAGAUUGCCAACAGGGAUGCAGAGAAGAAAGAAGGACAGGAAAAAGAAGAAAGUAAAAAAGAGAGGAAAGAUGAGAAGGAGAAAGACAAGGAGAAGAGUGAUGUCAAGAAAGAGGAGAAAAAAGACAAAAAGUAAAAUGUGUAGUUUUUUUAUUGUAAAUUAAAAAUCUUGUAAACUAAAUCACUUUGCUGCUGGGUUCUUUUCCUUUGUUGAAAUGGUCAGUGCUUCGUUUGCCUCUACUGCGAUAGCUGCUUUUUACAUUCAUUUAUAACAUGGCUGUAUACAUCUACUCCAACUGGCAGCUGCUGCAACAAGGAGAUGGUUGCUGUAUGUAAGGAGAACGGCUUGGCGGUUUGGGUCUUAGCACUGAGCAGGGAAGGGGGAAAAGCCAGGGUGACUUAUUUUCUCUAAGCACAGCACUCUUCCUUCCCCCCAUGCUUAUCUCCUUCAAUGGCAGGCCAACAGCUGAAGAUUUCUACUGCAGCCUGUAUUAGAACUUGCUCUACAUACCUGUUUUAGCUGUCAUUGUGAGUUUUCACUAUUAUCUGAGAACUGACUGGUUCUGAAGCACCACAGAGCAGGAACAAGGACGUUGCUAUAUGGCCAGCUGCCUUCUGGCCCUAUCUUGUGAUGGGCUGGUAUCUUUUGGUACCUCACAAAAAAAAAAAGGCAGGUAUAAAAUACAUUCCCGGCUCUUGGGCUCUGCUGGGGUGGAAAUGAGGGGGGAGAGAGCAAGGGCUUGUGCUGGUGAGGAGGAAAGGCUGUGCGUGCCACUACUGUGCUGCAGAGCAGCUUGCUUUCCUCCCAGAGGAGCGAUGUUCAUUACCACAUCAUGUUUUGCACUGUGAGCAGGUAUUUGCAUAUUUCAGGACUAAUUCAUUGUAAUUAGCCAAUUUUAUGCGCUAUAGAUACCGCUAUAUUUAAUCUAGUCCCGAUUUGCAGUCCCUGGGCACCUC